AUGUUUGCCGUCCACUUGCUAGCUUUCCAUUUCACAAAGCUAAAAGAGGAUCAAAUUAAAAAGGUGGACAGGUACCUGUAUCACAUGCGUCUCUCGGAUGAUGUCUUGCUGGACGUGAUGGCUCGUUUCCAGGCCGAGAUGGUGAAGGGCCUGGGGAGAGACACCAACCCCACGGCAACGGUAAAAAUGCUGCCCUCGUUCGUGCGCUCGCUUCCCGAUGGCUCAGAAAAGGGUGACUUCCUUGCUGUUGACCUGGGUGGCUCCCUGUUUCGUGCCCACGAGGUGAAGGUGUUCGAUGAUGGGAAGCAGAGCAGCCAGCUGGAGAGCAAGUUUUACCCCACACCCAAGGAGGUCGUACAGGGGAACGGAACUGAGCUCUUCGAUUACAUUGCUGACUGUCUGGUAGACUUCAUGGAGGCCAAAAACCUGAAGCAUAAGAAAUUACCUCUUGGCUUUACAUUUUCUUUUCCAUGCAAACAGACCAAACUGGACGAGGGGUUUCUUCUUGGCUGGACAAAAAACUUCAAGGUCCGAGGAGUUCAGGACACAGAUGUGGUUGUCUCUCUGCGCAAGGCCCUCCAGAAGCAUAAGGACAUAGACCUUGAUGUUUUGGCACUGGUCAAUGACACCGUGGGAACCAUGAUGACUUGUGGAUAUGAUGACCAGCGCUGUGAAGUUGGACUUGUAAUUGGGACUGGCACCAACGCCUGCUACAUGGAGGAGAUGCGGCACAUCGACCUGGUGGCGGGGGAUGAGGGCAGGAUGUGCAUUAACACGGAGUGGGGGGCCUUUGGAGAUGACGGUGCUUUGGAAGACCUCCGCACAGAGUUCGAUCGGGAGCUCGAUCUGGGAUCUAUCAAUCCUGGAAAACAAUUGUUUGAGAAGAUGAUCAGCAGCCUGUAUUUGGGGGAACUUGUAAGACUCAUUAUCCUGAAGAUGACAAAGGAAGGGCUACUCUUCAAUGGGAAAGUGUCAACAGCUCUGCUUACUAAGGGCAAGAUUGAGAUGAAACACGUGUCUGCAAUGGAAAAAUAUAAGGAGGGUCUGAGCAACACAAAAGAGAUCCUUACAGAGCUGAACCUGUUUCCCUCUGAAGAGGACUGCAUUGCUGUUCAGCACGUCUGCACCAUCGUUUCCUUCCGCUCAGCCAACCUCUGUGCUGCUGCCUUAGCAGCCAUUCUGACCCGGCUGAGAGAGAACAAGAAACUGCUACGGAUGCGAACCACUGUUGGGAUUGAUGGAGGGCUCUAUAAAACCCACCCCCAGUAA